AUGUCCAAUAUUUUAAACGUUUUCAAUCCUCCACAACCAAGGGAUCUUGAACCAGCAGAGUAUGAAGACUGUUUACCAUGUCAAAUCAUGGCUACAGUAUCAGCUUUAGGUGCAGGUGCUUGGUUUGCAAGUGGUCAAUUAUUUGAAGAUUCAAAAUUAUCACAAGCUGAAAAUUUAAAAAAAAAUCCAAUGUGGUGGAGAUAUUUUAUUAAAGGUUCUGGUUAUGGAUUAAUUGGAUUUGGUGUUUUUAGAGGGACUGAAGGAUGGUUAUGGAAUACACCAGAACAAAAGAAAUUGAAAUAG